AUGCGAGGCUUAGUCACCAUGUCCCGAGUCCUCCAGGGGGACAGUGGUGCUGGGAGGGCAGGGGGUGGGGGGGCGCCUGGUCCCCUCACCAGCCGGAAGCUCCAAUACUGCCUCCUCAGCAAGGACUUGGCCCACGUCAGAAAUGUAGAAUCCGGUCCUAGAGCCUCCACUGGGUUGACUCCUGGUUUCUGUCAUGAUGUUGGAGACGUGAAGUCUGGAAACCGCAGCCCAUCUGUUUUUCAGUUUUCUUGUUUAAAAUAG